AUGCUUUUGCCACCAGACAAGUCCCCCACAAGCGAGCAAUGCACCAGCUACCUACAGAAUACCACGUUGGUUUGCAAAACAAAUCAAAGGACAAAUGUGCAGAAAGACUACCCUAGCCGCUCCCGCAUAAACAUCAAAAAGAUCAGCAUCAACUCCAUCACCAACUUCAGCGACCCCGAAGACGGCUUCGACAUAAUCUACGACGAAGAGCAUCACCGAAAACCCAGAUACAACACGAAAGGCCUGACGACGGAGCCCCGCACAAUCGAAAGUGGCAAAUGCACGUGCCGCUACGGCAGCCUGGACUACAAGAGCCCCUUUGUAGGAAACAAACAGCCUGCAGAGCUGUCCCCAUUUUAUGCAUUGAAGCACUUCCCGGGCAUUGUAUCGCCAUUUACGGAAGCACUGCAAGAGAUGGCGAGGAGUGAGGCAGAUUUAAUCAGCAUUGAAGCAGAACAAGAAGCCAGGCGGGUUUCACAGCUCGAAAAAAUUAUCCAGCUGCUUCCAGCACCUUGCAACGCCUUGCAUGUGCUGCAGAUAUCAGGCACCUACCCGAAGCUAAGUGUAGCAGCAAAGGAUUACGUACAACUCAUGACGCAAGAGCAGAAGGAGUUUUAUCAGACAAAUAUUGUCUGUGAGUCACUGUCAGACCUAUGUGUGGCCACCAUGGGCCAGUCAAGCUGUCUAAGGUGGCACAAAGAAAAGAAGUUUCGCAUAAGCAGUACCACUAGCCACACAAUACUCCAUGCCCGACGGAGCCCUGAGGAGGUUGCCAGGGCCAUCCUGAACUCAAGGCCAUUUUCUACAGAGGCCACGGCUUAUGGACUCCGUACAGAACCCCUGGCUCGGAUGGAGUUUGAGCGUCAACUAGGUGUUGAAGUUGUGGAGAUGGGUUUGCUCAUACACCCGGAUCAGCCUUGGCUGUGUGGCAGCCCUGAUGGCAUGUUCUACCUGUCUGGGGAAACAUGCCUUUUGGAAAUCAAGUGUCCCCACAAGUGUAAAGAAGCAGACAUGUUCGACAGCUCGGGAGAGAGCAUCCUAGACUACAUCCAGGGAACAGGCAGCAACCGAAGACUGAAGACGACGCACAGAUAUUUCACUCAAGUACAGAUAUUACUGUACUUGUUGAAUGUACAAAAGUGUUAUUUUUUUGUAUAUUCUAGCAGGCAAAAUGUCAUUAUUGAAGUCAGCAGGGAUGAUGCCUUUCUUUACGAGAGCAUCCCAGCCCUUGAAAGAUUUUAUUUUACUUACCUUCUGCCUGCUGCAGCUGCAGCAAAAUAA